AUGCUAGACUACAUCCAGCAUCUUGAGAGAAUACUUUCCACUGGCAGUGGAGACUUGACAUUUUCUGCUUUUCAACCCAUGAUUCAAUAUGUGCUGCCUAUUCUGGGUGAGGCAUGGCUCCAUUACGUUCGCCAUGAAGUCACAACUUUCCUUGAAUACUGUGUACCAAUAUCUCAUUUGGAUGUCCAAAAUCCUGAAAGCAAAGACCAUAGAAGCAAUCAGGAAAGAACUGGGAGGAUAAAGAAGCAGAAACCAAACACCUAUGUUCAUGGCUCAAAAGAAAGAGGGUUACACAGGAAAAGGGGUAAAAAGAAGGUGGUUUCCAAAUCUCCCACAGGGGUGAUUUCCAAAUCUCCCAGCAUAAGCAGUACAGACCAGGGAAGUGGAGAAAAAUCACUAGAUCUUCAGGACUCACCCACCCCUCAUAAUGUGCCAGAUUUUCUUAGCAACCCAGUUAUCUUAAACGUGUACAAAAAGGCAGCUUGUAAAAUGCAGAAUAUAGAGCUUCAGAUGGUUUUAGGACUGCUACAGGAAGCGGAGGCCUGCUGGGAAGUCCCAGAACAUGAAAAACACCUGAAUUGUGCAGUCAAAUUUCUAUAUAUGUGGAACAAGCUGGGGGUUUUGAGAUCCGGUAUCCCCUUCCCCAAAGAACUGAAGAAAAAAAUAAAGGAAGAAGUGGCCCAGGGAGAAAUUACUGACGUCACCUGGAAUGAAAUCCAGAUCUUAUUACGUUCCCUGGUUGUUCCUACUUUUGAGCAGUUUUGGGAUGAGAUGAGUGAAGGGUUGAAGAAAUAUGGACUGGUGCCUUCUCAGAUUCCAGAAGAACGCUGGUGCAAACUAGAACCAUUCCUAAAUGUGAUAGCUGGAAAAGUAGCUCUUAGACAUAUGAGGAACAGGGAAGCACAAGAUGCAUCAGCAGCCACAGCAAAACCUACAAGGGAAGACAAAGACUCUUUUUGGCAGUCUCUAGAAGAGGCUGCAGAAGGCUGGCCCACUGUGGAGAUGCUCCAUUUCAUUAAACACCUCCAGGUAUAUGGCACACCUGUGCUGGAGAGUGGUUUGCAUUUUCUACUGGAAGUGCAGAAAUUUAAAAAUGCUCAUCACGACUGGCCUGACAUGACUCUUCUGAAGAAAAAGGUUCUUGUCAUACGUGACUGUUUCCUUGCUUCUCAGGUUGAGCCUCGGCUACAGGUGGCUGUGGAUAAUAAGAGGCUGGGCAGAGCUAUCCGGGCAGCUGAGCACGCCCUCCAGAAGGAGAUUCCACCUCCAAGUUUAUUUGACAGCCUGAAGGAUUCAGUCUCCAGCAUGCUAAUGCCAUAUUGGGCUGCCUUUCAAAAACACUGGCUCAAGAGAUCUGUGGCCAGUGCACAAAGAGUUCCAGUGCUGAGAAAUCAGUUGCUGCUGCAGAAGAGACAGGCCAGGCUCAAUGAAUCGCCCUGCUCCCUUCGGCUGCCACCACUCCAGCAGCCCAAAGACGGCAAUGGAAGCAAGUUGCAGGAUGGUUUUAUAUACUCUUUCUCCGUCAGUGAAGGACUUAUAGUACAGGUGUGUAUGUGGCAUUGUACGCUUUGCUCCUACGUGGAAUUAAAUAAUUUAGAAUCGGCGGUGGAGCUUUAA